AAUUCUAAUGAGAUUUUCAUUUUAAUUGUAUAUGUUUAUUAUCUAAAAUACAACUUAACCUAACUAUAACAAAUUUGAUUUUGUUUAAAUUUACACAUUUCUAUAAAUAAUAUAAAAAAAACCUGAAAAAAAAUAAAUAGUUAAUAUUAAUUGUUCCUGUUUUUGUGAUCAAGCGGAGUGCAUCGAGCGUAGUUGAAGUGAAGAAACCGCAAAUAAGUAUUUUUCUUGUCAAAGUGGGUGCCAAGCACCGAUAGCAACACGUGAGCCAACAACAAAUCCGUGGGCAGCAUAAAGGCAACAACAACAACGGCAACUGGUCACUAUAUAGAAUGACCGAUCGUUUAUACAGCUGGCCAUAUGAAGGCCCCGAAAAGGCAGCUGCAGCUGCCGCCUUUUAUGCCCAGGCGGCACAACCCCAACUUUAUGCUCCACCCACGGCUUUGCCACCAGGAGCAUUGUGUGCCGAUUUCAAUAAUAAUUCGGGCAUUGGACUGGCAAAUGGAUUACGUUAUUUCAAUGCGAACGGUCUAUUGGGUUACAAUCCACCAAUGUUGCCCGCCAAGUAUCCACCGGGCGCCGGAAUGCCCUCACAGGUGGAGGUGUGCCAAUAUGCUCAUCUGAAUGGUAGUGCAUCGUGUUACAAUCGCAAUCGUUAUAUGCCCUACAAUCAUAAUCGCAGUUGUGCUGCAGCAGCUGCUGUGGCAGCAGUCAGUGGUCAUCCAUUGCUCAAUCAACAGCAUCAACAUCAACAACAACAACAACAACAACAGCAUCUUCAUCAGCAGCAAUUGCAGACGCACCAACAACAGCAGCAGCAGCAGCAGACACAGGCUUCUGUAGCUGCAGCCAUGUCCUUGGCAUGUGCCUCCAGUGCCUCCGCUAGUUGCUAUCAGGGAGCAUAUGGCGGCUAUGCUCCCAUCUAUCAGCAGACGAGCAUGUGUUCUUUGAAUCAAUCGAAUCUGGUGGUGGCUCCCUCAGUGGCACCUAUAGCAACUAGCAGUGUGACACCAGUUACUCCAAGUAUUCCAAUCAGCAGUGUCUCUGAGUUUUCAUAUGCCAAUGGUUUGAUUAAUACCCUAGCACCCAGUGUGACGGCAUCUUCUUCAGCAAUAGCCACUCCUACCAUUCCAAAUGGUGGAGAGACUUCCACAGCGACCUCAACCCUGACUUCUUCGUCGAAUACCACUUCUAGCUCCACGUCUUCUGCUGGCUCUGGACACACUUAUGCCACAGUUGCUGAUCCCAGUGAUGCAGUGACUCUGCAAAUAACCAACCUGGAUUAUUCCCUGGAUGAGGCCAGUUUGCGCAACUUUCUUAUGAACCAAUUGAAACCCAUUACGCCUGUAGUAUCCUUAAUAUUUGAAGGAAGCUCUUAUGCCAAGGUCACCGUGCCAGAUCUCUAUUUUGCCAAGCAAGUGGUGUCCAAUUUGCAUCGCAAGAAGAUUGGACAUAAGCGUAUGUUGGUCAGCUAUACACGCGACUCUUCCCUGACCGAGGUUAAUACACUGCGCUGUCAGGUUGCCGGAUUACUGAAGGAUGUUCCGUAUUAUACACUGCCCAUGUAUAAGUUCCGUGAGCUCUUCCAGUCGCGUUUCAAGACCUCAAUCAGUGUCUUGGAUUUGUAUAAAAUGCAAGAUAUCUGCACUAUCAAUUCAGAUAAUAAUGAGGAUAAAUUCAUUAGCCUACAGCCAGAGCUAGUGAAUACACUGGAGAGUUCACCCUUGAUGGAGGGCCUGCAGCAUAGUGUCCCCUAUUGUACGGCACAUUUUAAGCGGGAACAACACAAGGGUUGGGCCGAACAGGAAAUUGAACCAUUACCUAAUGUCUGUAUGUCCAUAGCUGAGAUCCAAAAGCUAAUCUAUCCAUUGCUCAAGCAUCAUCCUGGAGAUAUACCAGUGGCCACCCUGCUCCACUGCAUCGAAGGGCAAUUGAAUGUGCAAAUCGAUGCCAAUGAUAGUGGUGUCAAUUUGGAGCAUUUGGUCUGCUGUGUCCAAGGCAUACAGAUACAGGUUAAUAAUUUUGGCAUCAAAAUAUUGGGCUGGCUAGAACUCAACAAGGAUUUGUCAGCCUCAAAUGUGUCGGGGUCGAAUUUGAGUUUAAAUUCCAGCGAUCGAUCUGGUAAUGGCAAUGGAAAUGGAGGUGGUGGCGGUGGAGGAUCAGGUGGCGGCAAUAGUGGUUAUUACAAAAACUCAACUGCCGAUCCUCUAUAUCAGAUCUCCAGAGAGGUUAUUGAAUUAGUGAAAAUGUCACCAAAAUCGACGAUGAAAUUUAAUCGUUUCAUCCCAGCUUAUCAUAAUCAUUUUGGCAAACAAUGUCGUGUGGCCGAUUAUGGUUAUACCAAAUUGAUUGAACUAUUCGAGGCUCUGUCUUCGGUGGUUCAGAUAAUGGGCGAUGGCGAGAAUCGUCAGAUAACUCUAACCCAUCGCACUCAAAUCAGACGUUUCACCUCCGAUCUUCUUCGUGUUUUGAGGGCCAAUGGCAACAAUUCCGUUCUACUGUCCCAAUUGCCUGGCAUCUUUGCUCAGUCUCAGAAUCGUAAUUUCGAUGUCACUGACUAUGGAGUGUGUGAUUUGGUCGAUAUACUCGAUGGCCUGGUUAACUCAAAUAUUGUGGUCCUUAGCACCAUACAACAGGGCAAGGAUAUUUUGAUAUCGAUGCCCAAGCGUAAGCAAACCAACAAUGAACUCGAAAAGACUUGUGUCUUUGCCGGCGAGAUGGUUGAGCUCUUUCAGAAUGCUCUGCAAUAUACGAUCCUAUUUCAGAAAUUUGUACGCUCUUAUCAUUAUCAUUUUGCCUUUCAAUGUCGCCUGAGUGAUUAUGGUUUCCUUAAAUUGGCCGAUCUAAUGGAUGCCAUACACGGUGUGGUCGAAAUCGAGGUAAACAAUGAUGAGGAGAAGAAGAUUAUCCUAUCCCCAAAAGUGGCCAGACGUGUCUUUGCCAUUCAGUGUGAGGAUCUGAUUCGUAAUGUCACGGGAAAUUCGACCAAUUGCAUGAAAUUGGAACAAGUUCUUAAAUUGCAUAAGAAGAAAUAUGGCUAUCAAAUCCAACCUCAUACAUUGGGUGUAAGUGAAAUUGCCAAAGCCAUCGACUUGUUGCCCUAUGUGGAGGUCCAGUGUAAGGAGCAGGCCACCUGGAUUAUAUGCCACAAUGAUGAUGUCGAGUUCCGUAAACUGUGCUAUCGUGCCUCUAAACAGCUUUUGCAGAGAGAGACCACUUCAAAGGAAGGAAGUCCUACCACAGCAUCCACCACUUCCCCAUCGACUGAGGACUCUAUAUCGAAAACUAAAUUCUUAAAAGAGUUUAAUGCCAAGCAUAAGGUUCAGCUUACAGAAUCCGGAUUGCUGGCCAUGCGGCAUGCCAUUGAGAUCUAUCAGGAUGGCGAAGAAUCUUGUGUGCGUUUAACUAGCUUCAUGCGCUUCUUAAUCUCCAUUGUGCGUCUGUUGGAACAAAGACCCAAUAUGUAUUUGCAUGAGAUCAAGACGGGCUUGGAUUGUAGUAUAUCGACUACCUUUGAAUUUGGUUUUCCCACUUUGUAUUCGGUUAUAACAGCCCACGAUGAUCUCUUUACGGUGAAUAGUGGACCCACCCAGGAGAGAAGUGACAUCUCGCUCAAUGUGAAUUGUGAAUUACGCCUUAGUUCUGGUGCCAGUCAUCAGCAUUUGUUUGGCUCUUUAAAGUUGCCCUAUGCCAAGCACAAGACUCAGCGUAGUAGUCGCACUCCUCUCGGCGAGCAUAAUCGUCCACCACCGGCACAGGCUCCGCCACCGCACAAGACUCGAGCCAUUGCCAAUGAAUAUGCUGGCAGUGUGGUUAAUGCUUCCAAUGCCAACUACAAGCCUCAAGUUAAUAGCACCAGCAGCAACAACAGUAACAACACCAGUUUUCCAUCAUAUCAGGAACACUUUCCACCUCCACCUCCAGUGGCCGCCAAAGGCUCACCACCCAGUGCCAAUUGUUCAGUUAUGUCCUCGACUUUGCUCAAUAACUCGACAAGUUCUGCUUCUGGCAAUUUAAGUCUCUGCAGCAGCUGUUGCAAUAAGGAAAACGCUUUGAAUUCAUCACUGCAGUUCUUUAAUAGUUCCUUCAAUUCAUCCAAUGAGCUAAAUGCCAGUUUGGGUGCCGGAGAUUUGGAUAGCAUUGCAUGUAGCACUGCCAUUACACCUUAUGGCAAUGCUAGCAAACUUUGGCAACGUCGCCAUUCGAGUUUGUAUCAAACACAGCAACAGCAGCAGCAGCAGCAGCAGCAACAACAACAGCAACAACAAAUUCUUUCAUCUGCCAUGAUGCCACAUACAGUAGAUGCCACAGGAGAUAUAUAUGAUUUGGUUAGCUGCAAUGUGGCACCAAUUAGUUCCAUUUAUGAGCCGCCCAAACCGGAUACACCACCCACUGAGAAACUACCCUUUUGGAUCGAUCCCAUAUGGAGUAAUCAAUCAGUUCAGCCUAGGCAAAAUAUUCUCAAUAUACGUUUGCCUGAACUGAAAACUCACAAUGUAUUUCCCAUGUUAUUAUCACCUUAUACGCUAUCGAAAAAUGAGAAUAUGAAGCGUCAAUUGUUUAACUUUGAUAAUCAUGAUCGCAAAAUUGCUUAAAUAAUUAAAUUUUCAAGAGAGAGAGAGAGA